GAAGUCACAACACAACGUUUUUUUUUUGUGAUGUGGCAAUUUAAUCCUAAAGACUAGCUACUCAUUUGUCAUUAUGGAGACGUUUAUUAAUUUACUUCUGACUUUAUGCACACUGCUUCUGUCUGUGAACAGUAUAUCAAUGGUGAAUGUAUACAGGAGCCCAUGGACAACUGCUGAUUACAGUUGGGCUGGGAUGAGGAGGGCCAGAGCUGUAAGCAGACCGAUGCCCAUCAACUGUAAGCUGGGGACCUGGUCAUCUUGGACACCUUGCAACUCCUGCACAGACCAACAAAGUCGUUUCCGAUACAUCGAGAAGCCCUCCCAGUUUAGCGGCACCGGGUGCAUUGGGCCGCUGUGGGAGAAGAUGGCGUGUCCAUCAGCAACGACUCCGUGUCUGGAGACGGAUUACUGUGGAGAGAGCUUCACCUGCAAAGAAACAGGGCGCUGCAUUAGCCAGUCCCUUCGCUGUAAUGGAGAGCCAGACUGUGAUGAUUUUUCUGACGAAGAGGGCUGUGAAGACGCCACCAACAGAGAUGACAAGUGUUCCACCUUACUGCGAAUCCCCGGUGCUGAACGUGGCACCCAGGGCUACAAUGUCUUGACUGGAGACUUUACGGAUCAAGUGCUUGACCCAAAUUAUUUUGGAGGAAAGUGUGAAUAUGUCUAUAAUGGUGAAUGGAGGAAAUUCAUCUAUGACGCGUUCUGUGAGAACCUGCACUACAAUGAAGAUGAGAAGAACUACAGGAAACCGCACAACUACCAUACCUACCAUUUUGUGGCUCAAGCUACAUCAGAGGGCUCACAUGAAUACUUUGAAGAUAUGGUGAGCCUGCUGAAAGCCAGGAAAACGAUGAGUUCUUCCAAAGGCGGUGUCUCAGUGGGGAUCUAUUAUGUGGAACUGGGACUGAGUGGGAGUGAAGAAUCAAAGUUUCUCAACAACAUAACGCAACAUAAAAGCCAGAACUUAGGGUUCAUCAGGCUUUGGUCCAAAGUGCAAACAGCCCACUUCAAAAUGAGAAGUAACAAGUUGAUGCUUCAUGAUGAUUUCUACAUUUCACUCAUGGAUCUGCCAGAGCAGUAUGAUUUUGGGAUGUAUUCCCGCUUCCUCAGCACAUUUGGCACCCACUAUGUCACAGAGGGAACAAUGGGAGGAACCCUUGAAUAUGUUGUGGUUGUCAACAAAACAGCUAUGGCAGAAUCAAAGAUUGAGGGUGAACAAGCUGGUCGAUGCUUUGGUGCUUCUAUUGGUUUGAGCUAUCCCAUCUCCAGCAAUGUAAAAGCAGAGCUCAAAGUGGGCGUGAACCCGUGCAUUAAAAAAGGAGGUUUUCAUCAAUCCAAGGACUCUGAUUCAGCUGUGAUUGAGGACAUUGUUACUCUCGUGAAGGGGGGAGUCACACACAGCAGCAGUGGCCUGUUGGUUAUCAGGAACCCUGACACCUACAGGAACUGGGGAGCGUCCCUCAAAUACAACCCGACACUCAUCGAAUAUGAGACCGUGCCAAUUUAUGAGCUAGUGCGCCUCAGCACAGCCGCUGACCAUGUAGGUGCAAGACUGGCCAACUUGGAGAGGGCCUGGGAUGAGUAUCAGCUGCACUACGACUCCUGUCGCUGCGCUCCCUGCAGGCACAACGGCAUACCUGUCCUAACGGGGACUUCCUGUAGAUGCAUCUGUAAAUUAGCCUACUCUGGAGAUGCCUGUGAAGAGACUCUCAGAAGAGAUACCAAGACAGAUGGGUCUUGGUCAUGCUGGGGGACUUGGUCAUUCUGUGCAUCAACGAGGAGGACUCGAACAAGAACAUGUGAUAAUCCCACUCCCGCUGGCGGUGGCACAACCUGCCUGGGCUCAACGUCUCAGACUCAACGCUGUUGAAGUCGGUUCCAAGGUGAAAAUGCUGUUGAGCACUUAGUGAACAUCAUCUUAGUGUUUCUUACAGAAUAUAAACUGUUCUUCCACUAUCCUUAACUGUCUGAACUCACUAAAUGUAUGUCUUCUUCAGGACACAUGACACACUGUAUAUCAAGGCAGUAAUAAAUAUGUGACGCAGACUUUA